UUCUUGACUCGUUCUCUCUCUUUCUCUCUCUAUACCCUCACAACAACCAGAGGUUCUAGAAAGAUCCAUUCCAUUUCGAAAUGGACGGAGCGCCGCCCUCCGCCGCCGCCGCCGGGAUCGGUGGUCCGGCGCCGUUCCUUUUGAAGACAUACGACAUGGUGGAUGAUUCCUCCACCGACGAAAUCGUUUCGUGGAGCUCCUCCAACUGCAGCUUCGUCGUUUGGAACCCGCCGGAGUUCGCUCGCCUUCUUCUCCCAACCUAUUUCAAGCACAACAACUUCUCCAGCUUCAUCCGCCAGCUCAAUACCUACGGUUUUCGAAAAAUACAUCCUGAGCAAUGGGAAUUUGCUAAUGAUGAUUUUGUUAAAGAUCAAAAGCAUCUUCUUAAAAAUAUUCACCGCAGGAAACCUAUCCACAGUCAUAGUCAUCCUCCAGGUUCUCUUGUGGAUUCAGAAAGGGCAACAUAUGAGGAAGAAAUAGAAAAACUUUCACGUGAGAAAGCUUCUCUUGAAUCCAAUAUUUUUAGCUUUAAACAACAUCAGAAAAAAGCAAAGCCUCGUCUGGAAGAUUUUCAGCAGCGAUUAGAGGGUACAGAGAAGAGGCAGAAAAAAUUGCUGGACUUCUUCGAGAAGGCUCUGCAGAGUCCUACUUUUGUUGAACAUCUUUCACGCAAAAUUGAGUCCAUGGAUUUAUCGGCAUAUAAUAAGAGAAGGCGAUUGCCUCAGGUUGAUCACUUGCAGCCAGUUGCUGAAAGUAGCUUUGUUGACAAUCUUAGCAAUUUCAGAAUGGAAUCUGGGAAUGUUUUUCAUCGGGAUUUCUCAAAUAAACUCAGACUAGAACUGUCACCAGCUGUUUCAGAUAUGAACCUAGUAUCACGUAGCACAGAGAGUUCCAAUGAAAAUGGAGAAAGCUCUCAGAAGCUGUCUGAAGGAGAACCGAAAGGAGUUCAGACAAGAACAGCUCUUGCAUUUGCACCUGAAACAUUAGAGCUUGCAGAUUCUGGGGCAUCUUUUACUUUUAAGAUGGAUUCAUGUUUAUCACGAAGAGCAACAACUGCUGAGAUGCACUCUUUGGGGCCAAGUAGUGAAGAAGGUGAUAGUCAUAUAUCCUGCCAACUAAAUUUAACUCUGGCAUCUUGUCCAUUGCAAGUCAACAAAAAUUCAUACUCGGCCAGAUCACCCCAAAUAGACUGUCAAGAAAUUGGUAAAUUGGCAGAGUCAAGAUUUUAUGCCAAUGGUAAGGAAUCUGAUAGUGGAGUUUCCUCAAACCGAAAUGUAGCUAAUGAUGUUGUUACCAAUUUAGCGUCGUCACAGGAGGCUCCAAGUAACAACCAAGUUAACCCAGCUGCUCCAGGUAGAGUGAAUGAUGUGUUUUGGGAACAGUUCCUUACGGAAAGACCAGGCUGUUCAGAUGAAGAGGCAAUAUCUAACUACCGAGCAAACUCAUAUGAUGAGCAAGACGAAAGGCAGUCAGUUCAUGGAAUGUCUAAAAACAUUAAGAAUAUGGAUCAGCUCACACUCUGAGCAUUCUGUCUGGGAGCACUAUUUAUGCUUAUGGUAUGUGAGAAAUGCAUGAUUAAUUUACAUAUGAUUUAAAACUUGACAUCAAGUUGUGCUGCAAGGGGCUGAAACCAUUUCAUGUAAAAAUAUGUUUGGCCUUUGUGGCUUACUAACUGAUGUCUCCUGUACCAGCUUUGGGGACUGAUGCUUACUUACAAUGUCAAUUAGCUGAUUGGCAGCGUUGUAUAUAUUCAAGUUUUGAAUGGCUUU